CUGGUCCCUUUGCUAUGCCCCAGGAAAUGAGAAGAGAUAUACAAAUGUCGGCAGCAAUGCAGAAAAUGCAGUCCCCAGAAGAAGUAAGCUGCCACUAUACGGAACCUGCUGACGUGCUCUGUAAUCAGCUUGAUGCCAAUUCCACAUCUACCUUCCACGGAGAUGAAUUUCCAAUGACCCCGACCAUGUCUCCUUACAAACCAAUGAGCCCUGCUCUCUCCUCUCCUCCCAACUCACCACCUCCUCUCUGUUCACCAUCGCCGAGUGUUCGGAGCAUGUCUCCGGGAACAGUCUUCACACCGAUGGUCAUCUCGCCACAUACUCCUGCAUCCGCCCAGCAUAUAGGUGAAGGUAAUAGAACAAAUAAGCCUAGUGCAGGCAUGUGGGAGCAGCUGGAACACUUUAAUAAGAGGGACAAAUCACCUGCCUUCACCUUCAAAACACGUGACAUGUAUCAGUCUAAGAAGAAGCCAUUUGAAGAGCAGGAGCCAGCAGUGGUCACAGCACAUAGUGAAACAGUGUCUGGAUUUACUGGUUUCACUGGGGGAUUCUUUCAACCUUUUCACGCAAUGGAAAGCCCUGAGUUCAGAUAUGGUGAGCCAAGCAGCAGUACUAGCAGUAUAUGGAACCCAGCUAGUAAAAAUGUGUGCAUAUUUAAAACUCCAGAGAUUGAGUCGACAGCUGAGUUUAACAUGUCACCGGCACCACCAGUGUUUUCCAUGGCCAGCAGUGCUACCUCAGCUGAUAAUACAGCCACGGAUAUGUCUGCUCUCAGUGGUUUCUAUUCCUUUCCAUUUGGAGUGUCCUCUGGUGAUGCUCAUUAACUGGCCACAAGAGUGUGGUAACAACAAUGCAGAUGUGUCCUGAUGUUAGUAGACCGACCGACAAAAAACAGUGUGCAUACUUGAUUAAGUGCAGAAUUUAAUUUGUUCUUCGAUCUGUGCAUUUACUUUAUGAAAUGUAUUUUUGUUGGUUAAACUCUAAAAACAGUUUGGCUGGCUAGUUGUUAUUUUGUCUCAAUCGAAAACGGUUUACGAGCGUGAUACAACUUUGAUUCCUUAGUUUUAUUCAUGAGCUUUAAAAGUGGGUAUCAAAGUAUAUAAUGUUACCUAUUAAUGAUCAUUCUCUUGUGUACUUUUAUCGAUGUAUAAUAUUGUUUAAAAUAAUUUCGUUUAUAUGUAAGCAAGUCAUAUAGUAAGUUAGGCAAGUUAGUAUAUUGCUUUGAUUAUAUAUAUAUAUAUAUAGAGAGAGGAUAUGAUCAUCUGCCUUUGAUGAUCUGAUGAGCAUAAAACACAACUGUGCUUUGUUAAUUUCUCUAUAUUUUCUUGCUGGUUUGUUUGCACCUAGUUAUUUUGAAGUGUUGUAUAAUUACGGAAGGUUGAAAACGCAUGAGGGUGGUGAAGGAAACUGGCCUCGUGUGUACACCCGUGACAGCGAUGACUGAUAGAUGCCUAGUGCGCUUGGCAUGCUUAAAUGUCUCCUUUACAUCCUGCUGACAUAUUGGCCCAUGUAUGUGUGUGCGUGCGUGCGUGCGUGCGUGCGUGCAUGUAUGUGUGCGUUAAGCAUAAAUGUUAUCAAUAGCUAAUAAUACCUAAUUAUACUACAAUAGGUAUUAUGUAGAUGUAUAGGUAUUAUAGGUAUAUAUGGAUGUGAUCAGGAGUUCAUAAUGACAAAUUUGUCAUUAUUAACUCCUGAUGUGAUGUAUCAGUGCAAAUGGUUGUUAACACUGUUAGGGCUCCAUUACUAAGAACUGGGCAUUUAGAUAUGCCUAAGCCAUUCCACACACCAGCGUUCCUGCCCCAAUGCUCAUUGCUCCCAAUGUGCCUUUGGUGGCAACCUUGAUCUUUAUAUGCUUAAGACUAGUAUCAAGGUCGUUUUACAAGUAAUAGACAUUCUGUCAUUUUAUGUGCGCCUGUAUCUUCUUUAGGAAAACUGCAAUUCGACUAUUAACAGGGAAAUCUUCAAGAAUGUUGCGCAUGCGUGCGUCCAUCAGAGCCAAUAGCUGAAAAGUAAUAGGAGAAAAUAAUGUCUCAUGAAGUUAUUUUAUCGCUUCAGUACUCACCGAUAAAAGUAGUGCGGAACAUUGCAUUACACUCUUCAGGAAAUUGCAAUGUAAUUAUAGUUUUGAAGAAAUACGCACCGAUUUCGCUUCAGUGGCAAGCCGAGUUGGCUUCGUAAUGAGGCAGCGAUCUCGUGCAACUAUAUAGGGGCUGCACCAUUACUACGCUGGUAGAACGAGUAAUGUGUCUCUUACAUCGCUCUCGUAAAUGUACUACAUAAUGCUGCAGUGUGAACGUUUUGCUUUGGCGCCUUGCCGUGUCUACCUGGCGAGCAAACGAGCCCAGUCCACACAUCUCUGCUGUCCCCUCCAUGCCCUACCAUAAUACACAUAUAUAAGGUCCACCUACACACCGCUGAUGCACCUUGCUCUUAUUCUCGGCUAACCCCAAAUACUGCUGCACUUUAUUUAUUCAUCCUCUCCCUUUCAUGUAUCACUAUAUCUACGUAAAUUAUACAUUAUUUUAUUGUAAUUUAUUCAGGUGGGGAUUAACGCGUAUAAAAUACAGUUAUAUUAUAUAUUACCAAAUAUUUUGGGAAAAAAGUAUGUUCAUAUGUAGUUGUAUAAAUUCAUUGUCCAUCGAGUUUCAUAUAUAUCUUUUUGUUUUCCACGCAAUUAGUAUUUAUUCGUUUUGAUAUGUCGGUUAUGGCAAACGUAUUAAGACGUUAAUUUAA